CUCAAAGUCUCAGCUUUAUUUUUCUCCAAGCUUUUUACGUUACUAAGAGAGAAAAGGGGUGGGGAGGUGUUUGGAGAGUGGGAAAAGGAUAGGAAAAUAAAUUUAGUUGAGAAAAUUUUGGUUUGGGAAGUUUAUGCUCAAAGGGGGAGUUGGUGUGGGGGGUGGGUUUUGGCCAAGUGAUGCGCUCAGGAGCCUGUACGGUUCAGCAGACCCUCACGGCGGAGGCUGCUUCGGUAUUGAAGCAUUCUCUCGGCUUAGCACGGCUUAGAGGCCAUGGGCAGGUGACUCCGCUUCACGUGGCCGCCACUUUGCUAAGCUCAAGAACAAGUCUUUUGAGAAGCGCUUGUCUCAAGUCUCGGCCGCAUCAUCAUCAGCAGCACCAAGCUUCUCGAGCCCUCGAGCUUUGCUUCAAUGUGGCUCUCAACCGGCUACCGACGACUCCGGAACCGAUCCUCCAUGACCAACCCUCGCUCUCCAACGCUCUCGUCGCCGCACUCAAACGAGCACAAGCGCAUCAGAGAAGGGGUUGCAUCGAGCAACAGCAACAACAACAACCACAACCGAUCCUCACUAUAAAAGUCGAGCUAGAACAGCUUAUCAUAUCCAUUCUCGAUGACCCUAGCGUCAGUAGGGUUAUGCGAGAAGCUGGCUUCUCCAGCACCACUGUUAAGAACAACAUCGAGGACUCGUCACCUUCACCGCUCUUUCACUGUUACACCACUUCUCCGAUCAUCAACCCUAGCACUUUCUGGCAAACCCCAUUUUUCUUCUCCCCUCAAAAGAAACUCCCGAGCAACCACGUAACCGAUUCUUCGUCUUUCAAAGAAGACAUCAAGUUGGUUUUCGAGGUUUUCUCGAGUAAAAGAAGGAGAAACAGUGUCAUAGUCGGCGACUCAACUGAGAGUCUCGUUUCUGAACUGACGUCCAGUAUCGAAAGAGGACAUGUCCCUGAGGAAAUGAAACGUGCCAACUUCAUCAAAUUUUACUUUCCGCCUAUGUCUUUGAGAUUCAUGAAGAAAGAGGACGUCGAAAACCAUGUGAAUGACCUGAAAAGGAGAGCGGAUUCCAUUGCAUGUGGGGGAUCCGAAGGUGCCAUUAUCUAUACAGGAGACUUGAAAUGGACUGUCGAAGAGAAUCUCAACGGAGAAAGAGAAACAACUGAUCAUUACAGUGCAGCGGAUCAUCUUGUGACUGAAAUCGGAAGGUUGAUCUCCGACUACAACUUGUCCGACACAAAGGUUUGGUUACUGGCAACUGCUAGUUACCAAACAUACCUGAGGUGCCAAAUGAGACAACCUCCUCUUGAAGCUCAAUGGGCACUUCAAGCUGUGUCGGUUCCCUCUAGUGGACUCAGUUUGAGCCUCCAUGCUUCCAGUUCGAAUCACGAGAAAGACGUGCAGUCGUUCAAUAAUGGCAGCCAAAAGGAUGAAAUGGUUGAACUAAUGAGAAAGUAUAACACGGUAUGCCAUAGUUUACACCGAGAAAGGCAGAAUCAGAGCCAUUCGAGAUACCCUUGGCGGCCUAGUGAAAGCAGUGGCUUAUCGUACUCGACUCCGAUCUCUUUCGCAGAUUCCGAUUUGAAGCCGAACCGAUCAAGUGAACCGAACUUUGAUUCACUUAAGAACAGCGAGGAGUAUAAACAGGUAAAGGUCACACUUGCGCUUGGUACUGCUUGCCUAGGGAACCAUGACUCAGUGAUCCAAAUGAAGCUCAAUGUCAAUGGAAAAAGUACACCAAAGAGCACUGAUAACAAGAGAAAACUCGAGUGGGGUGAGUCAAACAAGACCAAAACACAAAGAACACGACCGAGUUCCCACAUUUUUGACCUGAACAUGACGGCCGAUGAAACCGACGACAGCUGCUGUGAGUUUAGUCCCAUGUCGAGCGACAUAACAGCCGAGCCAAAUGUCCAAAACGGGUUCCUAGGAUGCAUUGAAAACCACCACACAUUCAACAAAACCGAAGGCCAAUACAGGGAGAUCGUCAAAGGGCUCUUCAUGGACAAGAUGAAAGGGGUGGUGGAGGAGACUUUGGGGGGUAAAAAUGGGAUUAGAUUUAGCGUUGAAGAUAGGGUAUUGGAGGGGUUUUUAUUUGGUUCAAGUUACUUUGUGAACAGCCUUUUUGACAAGUGGCUGAAAGACAUUUUUCAAACAGGCCUACAAACUGUGGAAAUUGGAGGGGGAGAGGGGGGUAUAGUUGAAAUUAGAUUGAGUUACGGGGGUAUACUUGAAAAAUCCAUGGGGAAUGGAUACAUGGGGAGUUGUCUCCCUAGCAAAAUCCAAGUUUGUUUCGGGGUUUAGUUUGAGGGUUUCUCAUGUAAAAUUCCUUACAAUACCGAAAAUGACCAUAAUGAUCGGUUUGUGUAACUGCUUACUUUCAUAGGACGUGUGUUGUA